GCGAGGCGCGUGCAGUUCGCACUGACCGGAGAUCCGGUCGUUUGUUACCGUGUUGGCAUGAGGAUCAAGUCUAGUGUUUAGCGGUGGAUCAGCACAGACGUGCUGAUUAUGUCUAGAUAAAUACACCGACGCAACUCUCUGACACGUUGUGUGAUAAUGGCAUGCGAUGGUUCAAUUAACGAUUUACCGGACAAAGUGUUGUUGACCCGAUUACCGUCUUCAUGCACGUGCAUUAAUACGUGCAAAACACACAACGGAAGAAGUAACAACAACAGCAGCAGCAGCAGCGUGAGUAAAAGCAGUAUGGUUUUCCUCGGUUUGUUUAUUUUGUCUCUGUCUCUGCACGUGAUCACGCUGCUGUGUUACCUGGAUCUCCGGUCCGAAGUGAAGCGGGAGAUUUCUCAGCGGAGAAGAGACGCGAAGUUGACCCUCGGUGGAACUGAUGUGACUGACCCGUUGAUCCCCUCCGGUCACCGAGGGAUGGACACCGGCGCCCGGGCACAGGGUCACGAGGUAAACCGAAACGAGAGGUUUCUCCACAGACAGCCGGAUGGCCACCCUAGCAGACCCCCCACAGCCCCAGGGGACAGCAGCAGUAUUCACAGACAGCCGGAUGGCCACCCUACCAGACCCCCCACAGCCCCAGGGGACAGCAGCAGUAUUCACAGACAGCCGGAUGGCCACCCUACCAGACCCCCACAGCCCCAGGGGACAGCAGCAGUAUUCACAGACAGCCGGAUGGCCACCCUACCAGACCCCCCACAGCCCCAGGGGACAGCAGCAGUAUUCACAGACAGCCGGAUGGCCACCCUACCAGACCCCCCACAGCCCCAGGGGACAGCAGCAGUAUUCACAGACAGCCGGAUGGCCACCCUACCAGACCCCCCACAGCCCCAGGGGACAGCAGCAGUAUUCACAGACAGCCGGAUGGCCACCCUACCAGACCCCCCACAGCCCCAGGGGACAGCAGCAGUAUUCACAGACAGCCGGAUGGCCACCCUAGCAGACCCCCCCACAGCCCCAGGGGACAGCAGCAGUAUUCACAGACAGCCGGAUGGCCACCCUACCAGACCCCCCACAGCCCCAGGGGACAGCAGCAGUAUUCACAGACAGCCGGAUGGCCACCCUACCAGACCCCCCACAGCCCCAGGGGACAGCAGCAGUAUUCACAGACAGCCGGAUGGCCACCCUACCAGACCCCCCACAGCCCCAGGGGACAGCAGCAGUAUUCACAGACAGCCGGAUGGCCACCCUACCAGACCCCCCACAGCCCCAGGGGACAGCAGCAGUAUUCACAGAGCCAAACGGAGCCCAAGGCAACAAUCUGACUCAGAAUCAACUGGGAAACGGAAAGAAACGGAAAGAAGAAAGAAAGGCAGGAAGAGGUCUCCUCCAGGAGCUCAGGGCUCCCCCGGUCCACCUGGUUCCCCAGGCCCCCAGGGGCCUCCAGGUAUUCCUGGUAUUCCUGGUAUUCCUGGUAGCAACGCUGUGGGCCCAGCUGGCCCUCCUGGUCGUCCCGGAGCACAGGGGCCCCCCGGGCUGACGGGACCGGCAGGAGUCGUCGAUAAAACCAAAACAAGAGAUCUCCAGCCUGCCGUGGUCCAUCUACAAGGACAGGAAACCACCAUACAGGUCAAGGAGGACCUUUCUGAAGGUGUUUUGAGGAACUGGAAGAUGGUGUCGAUCCACCACCGUGUCUUCAAGAUGCACUCUCGCUCCGGACAACUGGAGGUCCUGUUAGACGGCAUCUACUUCAUAUAUAGUCAGGUAGAAGUGUACUAUCUCAACUUCACGGACAUCGCCAGCUACGAGGUGAUGGUAGACUCCACCCCCUUCCUGCGUUGUACCUGCAGCAUCGAGACGGGUCAGAGGAAGUUCAACACGUGCUACACGGCGGGGGUCAGCCUGCUGAGGGCGGGACAAAGGAUCUCCAUCAGGAUGGUCUAUGACGACACGCUGAUCAGCAUGUCCAAUCAUACUACCUUCCUGGGGAGCGUCAGACUGGGGGAUUCCCCCUGACCAAUCACACCUCCUUCCUGGGACUUCCUGUCCAAUCACACUACCUUCCUGGGGAACGUCAGACUGGGGGAUUCCCCCUGACCAUGACCAAUACGGCACAACUUCUCCCUGACCAAUCACACCUCCUUCCUGGGACUUCCUGACCAAUCACACUACGUUCCUUUUGGAGCGUCCGGCUGGGGGAUUCCCCCUGACCAUGUCCAAUACUGCACCACUUCCUGGGGCCCCCUGACCAAUCACACUCCUUUUGGAGCGUCCGGCUGGGGGAUUCCCCCUGACAUCAGGACAUCACUAAGUAGUACAAUCAAUCUUGAUGUCCACUAUAGAAAGCAUCCAGACGUUAUCUCAACCUUUCUUUUAGACUGAAAUGUAGUUUUUUCGACAGCGGACAUUUGAUAUAAAACUUUGUGUCUCUUUUGACAUUUGCAACAUUGUUUGGAUCUCCUGCUGUCCCGUAGUGAUGAACGGGUCGGGAGUCGGGACGAGACAGGCAGCGUUUCUCAGCCAGUUGAAAUCAUGAAAUCAGCGUAAUUUUUAUGGAUGUAUACAAAUAAAUGUCAAUUGAAAAAAGGUCAAGUUAAAUGAA